AUGUCGGGCUCGAAAUCCUCACUGAAAAGCAUCAAUGAUGCUAUCAGAUCCCAAAGCUUUGAGGACGCCAUCACAAAGUCCCAAGACCUACUUAAGAAGGACCCCCAGAACUACCAAGCGAAUAUAUUUUUGGCAUUUGCCCUGGAUAGACAAGGCAGAACAGAAGACGCCGAAAAGGUCUACAAAGCAGCUACAGGUCUACGUCCUGAGGAUGGCCAAGCCUGGCAAGGUCUGAUCAAGCUCUACGAGAAGCAAGGCCCACGGAAGCUGGGAGACUACCAGCAUGCCGUCGUGAAGCUCUCUCACAUUUUCCACAAAGCAGACGACGCGUAUAAAGCACAGGAUGUCGUAGACAAGUUUGUCGACUUUGCACGCGUUAGAGGAGACCGUCUGGAAUAUGCCGAUGCUCUGUGGAUCAAGCUCCCCGAGAGUCCUCUAUACUCUAUUCUUGAGGGCCGAUUUCCCGCGCCUGCCAAGACGUACGAAAUCAUCGCCGUCAUUCUCGAAGAUUUCGAGAAAAAGCGUAUAAUUGCGCUAAUUGGAGAACGGAGAACUCGACUUGGUGCGAAACUGAGCGAUGUCACACUCGACGUGAAGCGUGAAGUCUAUGCACAAAGCAAACUGGAAUUCAUUUACCGGCAGCUUAUCAAUUGGACCACAGAUGACGAGCUACGGCGCACGUACGAGGAGAAGCUUGUUCGAUAUUGCCAUGAUCGCCUUCUAGCCCUUCCGGCAGGCGAAAAAAAGGCGGCGGAACUGGUUAAGGUAAUUGGUCUUGCCAACGACAUGGUCGUAAUCAAGCACCCUUUCAGGCUCGCGUGGGAUAUCGCCAUAAACUGGCAAGAUCACAAGGAAAUCGGCAACUGGAGCGCCGAAUUGUUACACGAUUAUUGCACUCAUUUUCCGGAAAGCGACUUGUACAAAGUCAUCACCGCUUUCCUGACGUCUCCUAUAUCUCCAUUCCCUGCUGCGUCUACUACACAACAGAAGCCAUCUGCCGACGAGCUUUCUGACGAUAGCGACGACGACGACGGCGGCGGCGUUCCUACAUCCAUUGUUCCUCUCAGUGACGAAGAUCGUAUUAUGAUGAUUACAGAAGGCAUUGCUGGCGAGGAGUCGUCAUUUGGGUACCGGCUUGUCGGUGAAUUCUUCCUUCAUUAUGGAGAAUACGAGAGCACAGUCGAAUACAUGCGAAAAGCGCUCCCAUACCUUGCCAAAGAGCAAUCUUUGAGCGCGUUUGACUUAACAAAAACGACAGACGCCUACUCUCUGUGCUUAGGCACGUCACUUGUUUACUAUCAGUCACCACGGCAUCAUGCUGAGGCAAAGGGCCUGUUUGAGACGGUUCUCAAUCACGACGCUACAAAUACUCGUGCGAUGAUAGGUGUGGGCCUCAUAUACGAAGAGGAAGAAGAAUAUGACCAAGCCAUUGACUUCCUUGAGCGUGCUUUGCAAAAAGAUGUCAAGAAUAUUAGAGUCAAGUCCGAGGCUGCAUGGGUAAAGGCGCUCAAGGGCGAUUACCAAGCCGCCGCAAAUGGGCUGCGUGAGUGUCUCACGGCUCUUGAUGUAAAAGACCCAGACAAAGGGCUUCUUGCCGACGCGCAGUAUCGCUUGGGCUACUGCCUCUGGCAUUCGGACACAUCCCCCCAAGCGAGGAAGCAGCGCAAGGGAGAAUGCGGCUACGCUUACUGGCUCGCAGCUCUUAACAGCAACCUGGACCACGCGCCUUGCUACACCAUGUUGGGCAUUUAUUAUAGUGAUUACGCCAAGGACAAGAAACGUGCUCGUCGCUGCUUCCAGAAGGCUCUUGAGCUGUCUUCUGCAGAAGUCAUCUCCGCUGAGCGCCUAUCUCGUUCUUUCGCGGACGAUGGCGACUGGGACCGGGUUGAGCUGGUUGCCCAACGCGUGGUGAACUCUGGAAAGGUGAAACCACCUCCUGGAUCGAAGAGAAAGGGCAUCAGCUGGCCAUUCGCUGCUCUUGGUGUUGCUGAAUUAAAUAAGCACGAGUACCACAAAGCCAUCGUCUCUUUUCAGUCUGCGCUCCGACUCGCACCAGAAGACUACCACUGCUGGAUCGGUCUCGGCGAGAGUUACCACAAUUCCGGAAGAUAUGUCGCAGCGACCAAAGCAAUCAUGAAUGCCCGAAAGCUGGAGGAGCAGUCAGAUACGGACAUGGCGGCCGAUGCCUGGUUCUCUAAGUUUAUGCUUGGUAAUAUUAAGCGUGAGCUGGGAGAAUAUGACGAAGCGGUUGAAUUAUAUCAAUCCGUCAUCAAGACACAGCCAGACGAGGAAGGUGUCAUCAUCGCAUUGAUGCAAACCAUGGUGGAUAAUGCCCUGGUCAGUGUUGAGAAGGGACAAUUUGGCAAGGCAAUCGAGUUUGCCACUGACACUAUCAAAUUUGCUACCACGGCGAAAGAGAACAUCCUGGCGACUUUCAACUAUUGGAAGACUGUUGGCGAUGCUUGUUCAGUAUUCUCUUCCGUCCAAAGUCGGACUUCUGACUUUCCCCUGGACGACAUCCGCGCUAUCCUUGGCAAGGCUCCCAAAGAAGCGUUGGAGAUUAGCGCCGAUGUCGAUAAAGUCAACCUGGACGUCGUCUCCGCCCAAGGAAAAUAUCCUGCGGACGAGCAACCUGGUGUUGAGCUGACGAUAUGCAUCCAAGCCACCAUUCUAUGCCACAAGGUUGCUGUUCAUGCUGUAUCGAAGGAUGUCCACGCCCAAGCCGUUGCCAUGUUCAAUCUCGGCUGGGCUGAAUACAGGGCGCACUCGUGCUUGCCGCCGAAGCUGCGCAAGAAGUCCAGCAACUACCUCAAGGCGGCUGUGAGGUGCUUCAAAAGGGCUAUUGAACUGGAGGCCGGCAAUGCUGACUUUUGGAACGCGCUGGGUGUUGUGACUAGCGAAGUUAAUGGCGCCGUCUCGCAACACUCAUUCGUGCGAAGCAUCCACGUAGACGAACGAAGCCCUGUAGGGUGGACAAAUCUUGGUGCGCUCGCUCUCCUAUCUGGCGAUAUCAAGGUAGCCAAUGAAGCGUUCACCAGAGCACAAUCUACGGAUCCCGACUACGCGCAUGCGUGGCUUGGUCAAGCGUUUGUCGCUCUCCUAUAUGGCGAUGGCAAGGAAGCUCGUGGUCUCUUUACACACGCGAUGGACAUUUCUGAAGCCUCGUCUCUGUCUGUGCGCCGGCAAUAUUCGUCAUCCAUGUUUGACCAUAUCCUCGUCGGUCCGACAAACGUAACGAUUGCUUCCCUCUUGCAGCCAGUGUUUGCACUCAAUCAAGUGCAGAGCCUGCGGCCGCUGGACUUUGCCUUUGGCCACCUGGCUAGCUUGUUCUUGGAACGCACACAUGACCAUAGCCGCGCCGUGGAGAUUCUGGAGACGAUUUGCGCCAGCAUAGAAGAGGACUAUGAGCAGACGGAAUCGCGCCUGAGCCUGGCGCGCUUCACACUGGCGCGAAUCGACCUCGCGCGCGCCUACCUUGCGUCCAAGUUGUAUGAAAAGGCUAUUGAAUGCGGCGAGAUGGCGCUCGGUCUGAGCAGCGACGAGCACGAGGGCGAAUUGACCAGCGAGCAGCGCAAAAAGGCGCGACUGUCGGCGCACCUGACAGUGGGACUUGCGCAAUUCUACGAAAAGGACUUUGGCGAGGCGGAAAAGUGCUUUGAAGCGGCGUUGCACGAAUCCGACAACAACCCGGACGCGACGUGCCUGCUGGCGCAGGUUUUGUGGGCGCAGGGCACAGACGACGCCAAGGAAAGGGCGCGGGCGUCGCUGUUUGACGUGAUUGAGACGCACCCGGAGCACGUGCAGAGCGUGCUGCUGCUCGGCGUGAUUGGGCUGCUCGACGGGGACGAGGGCAGCGUGGAGGCGGUCACGGAGGAGCUGCAGGGUCUGCGCACCAAGGACACGGUCACGAGCACGCAGCAGGCGCAGAUGGGCCAGGUGCUGCGUGCCAUGGCCAUACUCGCCGAGGGCAAGACGGCAGAUGAGGCGCGGGCGCAGAUGCAGACGGAUAUCAUGCUGCACCCGCACCUCCCGCACGGCUGGUCUGCACUGGCGGCGGCGGCGACGGAGGGCGGUGGAUACGCGGCGCAGACGUCGCUCCGGGUGGCACGGAGGGGUAUACCGCCGCGCGGACGGCUGGACGCGGUGGAUCUCGCGGGGUCAUAUGCGGGCACGGGCGCGGUGGCGGACGCGCAGACGGCAGCGUUUCUUGCGCCCUGGGAGACGGUGGGAUGGUCGUCGCUCAAGACAGCGACGAAGGGACAUGCCCUUGGGUAUCAUAAACGCCGUAUCAAACUACCGACCCUUGCCCAUCUUUUUUCACUGUGGUCGAUCCGCGCCCCCCGCCGCCGCCGCCUUCAACCUCGCCAGUCGCGCACUCAUCCACGCCUCGUGCCAGGCGUCGACCCUGCCGCCGAGAAACACAGUCUUGUCGGGCGUCAGCAGGACGGUGCCGCGGGCGACGACGGUGCCGGCGCUGAGCAGCAUCUUCUCGCCGAUAUUGGUGGUGCCGAUGCCGAUGCCGGGCAUGCGCGCCGUUUCGACGGCGUAGACGGUCCUGCCGGCGCAGUCCUGCAGCACGAGCCGAUGGACGGCGUUCUUCCCCGCGGCGGCGGCGGCGGCGAGCGCCUCGUCAUCCACCACCUGGCGGCCGCGCGUGCCGCGCGCCGCGGCCUCGAGCGCCUCGACCUGCUCCCACCGGCUGAGGCUGAGAUUGAGAAGCUACAGCGAGAAAACACUAUGGAAGUGCACUUCCAGUGA